AUGUAUUUAAAAAUUAACGAAUCCAUUCUUGUCUUUAUUGGAUGGUUUAUUCAAGCUAGCUUUGAAUUAUCAUGUAUUCAAUGUACUAGUCCUAUUCGACGUAUCUCACAAAAUUUGAAUUAUUCUUGUUUAGAUGGUACUUUACCUCCUCUACCUUGUAUACUACCAGCAAAUAAAUCGAACACAACUUUCAAAGCUUGUAUGUCUUCUCUUUAUAGAAUAGAACGUAGAAAGAACGGAGGUAAGAAAAAUUAUAUAGAUUCAUGUGUCAAUAUUUUAAAAAAAUGA